AUGAAAGAACACGCCUCUGACAACUUUACUCUCGACGCAUGGCGGGACGCUUCUUAUAAUCCCGAUGAAUUACCAAGACACGAAGGAAAGCGCAGGUUACUCCUGAUAUACAUCCAUGGCUUUCUAGGCUCAGAGGAGAGCUUUUGUAACUUCCCUAGGGAAGUCCACGAUAUACUUAAGGUCUCAUUGGCUCAAACCCACAUCACAUACACCAAGAUAUACCCCCGCUAUAAAACCAGAGGACCUAUACGUGUUGCUUGCGACGAUAUCAGCCGAUGGUUAUCGCCACACAUGGCUCCAGAUUUGGAUGUCAUACUGCUCGGUCACAGUAUAGGAGGCCUCAUGGCUGCAGACAUUGCACUUUCCGAGUCUUACACAACCGCUGGCCACGUUCCGAACAGUAGGAUUGUUGGCCUGGUGGCCUUUGAUACGCCUUUUCUUGGACUCCAUCCGCGCGUCAUUGCAACGGCAGCCGGCAGGGUAUUUAGCCGAAAAGCAAAGAAUGAGAGUAGGCGCACAUCUCAGAGCACCACAGACAGUCAAAUAGCAAACGACGAUCCGACGUUCGAUCCAAACUUGACCAACGAUGUCGACAGGGCCCAGUGGAGUGGGUGGGAUGGAGCGCGCCAUUUCCUUGCAAAACAUUCGGGUCAUUUAUCUCGUUCUGUUCUUCAGUAUGUUUUCUCAUACUACGAUCAUGUCGGAUGUCUGAAUGACUACUUUGGGCUUCUCAGACGACACAAGAGACUCUGCCGUUGGGCAAAACGCGAUGAAUCUGGUGGGAGGGUCCGCUUUGUUAAUUAUUACACGACUGCCUGUCCACACAGCGAAACCACCAACGGUAAUCAUCACGGAAACAAGAUGGUCUUGAGGCACAGAGCGUCGCAAAUACAUGAGUAUCGCGUGAAAGACGGAGACUCUGCAUUAGUGUUGCCUGAGAUUCGAGCUGAUAUACAAGGAAAGGUGGCAGACAACCGCUCGUCUGAGUCACUGCUCGACACGAAAUUUUCUUCCACCAGGGUGGAUAUACGGUCAUCGUCAAGCUCAUGCAAUUUAGGCGAGCAGAGAAAUAAGCCCGAGGGUUCUCGUCCCAGACCACCGGGACGACUAUUCUGUUAUGUUCCAGAAACAGCCCGCAAAGAGCAGCUCUGGGUUCCGCUACGGAUGGAGGGCAUGGAAGAGAUCACCGCCCACCAGUCCAUAUUUCUUCCUCUGGGCACAUAUUACGACCGAUUGGUUGCCGAUACUGUGGCAAAGAUUGAAAGUUGGCUGUUAUGA